AUGGUCCUCAUCAACGACAAGAAGUUCGCAUGCGCCACUUGUAUCAAGGGGCACCGCGUUUCCGGGUGCACCCACACGGAUAGGCCCCUGUUCGAGGUGAAGAAGAAGGGUCGACCGGCCACGCAAUGCCAGUACUGUCGCGAGAAACGUAAGGGUGGUCAAAGCAGCGGCAGCGUGCACACAAAGUGCGCGUGCGGCGAGCUGAAGAACCAAACCCCAACGACCAUCAUGCCGGGGCAGGCGGGUCCGUCUGGGACAGCACCGAAAGGUUCGCCCCCUGUCCCGCAAAAGUCACAACCGCCACAGCAGCAGGCUGCCAAGGACACACCCGGCUCGACUCCGAACCCAGAAAUAGUUGAGACGAGGAAGGGUCAGCCUGGCUCGCACGCUACGUACCCGAACGGCCUGCGCGAUGUGCACGAAAUGGCCGCCGCCGCCGAGGCCUUGACUGGUUUGGGCGGAGAGACAAACCAGGCCGCAGAACGCAAACUGUCGAGCUUGCUUAACCCCUGCAACUGCCAGACGACGGGCAGGUGCCGCUGCUGUGCGCCCAAACGCAGCGGCCGCGACCUCCUCCAGGAACAUGCUCGUACCAAGUCGCCCAACGGAGACAGUAAUCAGGUCACGGACAGUCUUAUCGAGAUGUUCAAGGCCAAGGCGACAACCCGUUCGGACGGAGGAAGCAACAGCUCGGGGUCGACGACGCCGACCUCUGGGUUUAAUCGCCUCGUCAACCUGUCCAUGACCUCGGCCUCGCUGGCUUCCCCGGACAACAGGCACCACCCUGCCCACACCUCACCCCACGUCCACAAGGUACGCCUGUACUCGCCAUAUUCCAACGGAAGCUCGUCUCCCCGUCCCGGCAAGCAGCGCAGCGAGUCCAUCUCGUCGCAAUCUAGCAGGGGUGGUGUCCGACCUCCUCCGCCUCGCAUCCGCCCGCUGUCUGACAUGAACACCUUCCUGGGCGCAGUGUUCAAGGAGGAUGGCUCGGUCGCGUCUGAGAUUCCUCGUUCCGCCCUGGGUCUUCCUGGCAUCGCCUCGUUCGACAAGGCGGCGAUGAACGGCGGCGUCAAGGUCGAAUCCAUGGCGAUGGACACCGAUCAGCCUGUCUCUUUCCCCACCUCAGAAGAUGUCGUUAUCGGCGCCUGUACUUGUGGUGACGGGUGCGAGUGUGCUAACUGCGCAACGCACGGCAACCGAUCGUCAACUUCGCCGCCGAAUGGAGAUCAUCACCACCACGACGGCUGCGGUUCCAAGUGCACGAGUGGGUUCGACUGUGCGAACCACCUGUCGAUUCCUUCUGGUGUUACCUCGAUCGAACAUCUCAUCCAAAUCGCUGCCGCCAAUGUUCCACCCAACCCUUCCCGCUCCACUCGCCGCGAUCUCAACCCCCUCGAUACGGGUGUGCUUCCCUCGGCUGCCCACAUGUCGGAGGAUGCCGCUCAGGCAUUCGGCAUUGUUCAGUUGCGCCCUCUGGAGUGCUGCAACGGGCGCUGCCAGUGCAAGCCUGGCGAGUGCAAGUGCGAGAGCGACUGUUGCGGAUGCUGCGAGAGCUGCAACUGUGGUGACGAUGGUGACACUGUCAUGGGAGACAGCUCAGCCCCAUCCGGAGGCUGCUGUGGAAGUGGCGCCACCGAGACUGUCACUUCCUCUGUCGCCAACUCGCCGUCAAACGCUUCGGCGUCAAGUUCGUUCUCCCACCGUAUUCCGUCACCCGCGCCUGGCUGUCACACCAACAUUCGCCGCACCUCAUCUGUCUCGCGUGCCAAGGAAGUCGCUGAGGGCCGCCGCUCGUCCAUCGGCGAUCGCUCAGGGGCAGCCGUCCAGCGUUCCACCUCUUUGGGUUCGAAGACUGCCGCGAAGACGCCGAUGGCUCUCUCGCAAACGUUGCAUCCCAGGCCGAUCUUACCCAAACCUUCCUCUUCCGGAUCGUGUGGCAAAGGCGGUGCUGAUCGUCUCGCACCACCGAGAUCCUGUUCCGGAGGCAGCCGGCAGCCUUCCCCGGUGCACCGCGGAUCGUUCUCGUCGUCGCAGUCGUCGGGCUGCUGCAGUCCGGCGACUGGCCCUGCCAACCUGCAAACUCCCAAUGACGUCUCACCUCUCCCACCUGCGGCUACGUCGACUGACGACGCUCUCGGUGACGACCCAUCCGGCGGCAUGUCGGUUGGCGUGAACGAGAUCGCAAACGCCUUAGCUGCGUCUGACGUCGACUUUAUGUCGUACUUAAACUCGUUACUGCCUGCUGCGAAUGACGGAAGCGACCAGCAGCAACAGCAACAGCCGCAGCAGCACCAGAGCUCCGAUCAUGAGUCUUCCCAUCCGACGACAUCGACGGAAGCGACCGGCAGCUCGCACAUGACCUCGCCCACGGACAUCACGAUGUUUAGUCACCCGUCCCCGCGCGGGUCGAACAUGGAGCAGCAUUCCAUUGGUGACAUCCAGUCCAUGAUCGCUGGCGCUCUCGCACAGCAGGGUAUGAUCCCUCGUCCGGACACGCACGGAGAGCAGCAAGUUCCCGACUAUGGCUACUUGUUCAAUAUACAAGGCGGCGCCAACCAACAGCAGAUGCAGCAGCCCGCUCCGAACGCCGGCGACGCGAGCAACCUGUACUUCAAUUUCAACACUGGAGCGGCCGGUCCUAGCCACCAGGCGAACGCCCUCGGCGGUAUGCCGGUCCCGCAGCCCUCUCAUGCCUCGGAUCCGUCCAGCCAGAACCCUCAGGCGUACUUCAAGCCGGACGCGAACAUCUACUACCCCAACUAUGGCGCCGGCUAUCCUCCCAAUGUGCAGAUUAUGCAGCCGUCACAGGGCGGCAGCCACGGCCAGCAGCUGCCCCAGAUCACGCAGCAGAGCCUUGCGUCUGCCGUCGCGGCCGUUGCCGCUGGCAACCAGCAGCAGCAGCAACAGCAGCACCAGGGCAUGCCUGCCAACCCGGACAUCAUCGACUUGUCAAAGCCGCUCAACCCUACCGAUGUUGACCGUAUCCUGCAGGCCCUGCUGAACCAGCAAGCGAGGCAGCAAGCGGUCGGGGACGCUGUUGCGCCGGGUGCGGUUGAGCCUGCUCCCGUGCCGAAUGUUCCUGUGCCGCCCCCGCUGCAGCACACGCCGUCUUCGUCGAGCAGACAAUCUGUCCCGGACCCCGCCGUGAGCGCUCCGGUCGUUAACGAAGUGUUUGACGUAUUCAGUACCGACUACUUAGACAGAGCCUGGUGA